CAGCUCUGCAGGGAAACGCCGCAGAGAUGAAGGGCCCAGCCGUCUUCCUGAUAUUUCACCUCUGCAUCUGGAAGAGUGGAACAGCCUCCAAGGGGUGGUCCAUGCACGUCCCAUCGCAGGUGACGGGCGAAAUCGGCCAGACGGUGUCCUUGCCCUGCACUUUCACCCACCCUCAUCAGACCAAUGACAAGACACUGACAGCUAUUUGGCGGGUAAAAGAACCCUACAACGGGACGGUGGUUUUCAAGUGCGUGGCCCACAGCUCCAGCAGCGUCUGCAAAACCGCCAUCAGCUCAAAGAACAGAUACCAGCUCCUGGGGAACCCCCGGCAGAACAACCUCUCCCUCCAAAUCCACAACCUGACCUGGAACGACAGCAGCAAGUAUUUCUGUCGGGUGGAGUUCUCUGGAGAUGCGCACGACAAGUAUGAGAGCCGGAUGGGGAUCCGACUCCAUCUGAUAGCUGCCCCCCGGAUCGUCAACAUCUCUGUGCAGUCCGGCGAGGAUCACUCCUUCGAUGCAAAAUGUACCGCCGAGGGGGAACCGCUGCCCACCCUGACGUGGACCGGCCCUCUGUCCAGUAACGUGACCUCCGUCUCGAGCGUGAGCUACCAGACCACCAAAGAGCUCCGGCACCUGACGCAAGACGGCAGAUACACUUGCACGGCGGUGAACAGCCUCGGGAGAGCGGAGGGAGCCGUGUACUUCUACAAAUACAGAGCUGGAGGCAGGUCCUGGAUCCUGAACCUCUUGUUUGUCUCCCUGGGAAUUAAGGCGUUGGCCUUGCUGCUGAUACUAGGGGUCGGUGCUUUCUGGAAAGGAGGUAGGUAUGAUUCAUUAGCAUUGAUUUUUUUUUUUAAAGGCUGA